AUGGCAUCUCUGGACUUUGACCAGAAGUUCCUUGGUCGGAUAGCCAAGCAGACUGAAGACACGAGUCCUUUCCUGUCCAGCGCUCUUUAUCAGAUUCUGGGUCUGUCGGUCCUUCUGGCCCGGAGACUCAUUCGCGCCAGGAAGCUUCGCAAGCUGGACACUAGCCGAGAUACACCUUCUCUCUCGACUUAUCAGCACAUACUAUGGAUGUCUCGCGAGGGACUAUCUAUACUCGAGCUCUAUGUACUCCCAUAUGCUCAAGACAAUCAGCAUGGACCAGAGUGCAGGGUGUUGAGCGUCAAGUUGCGGGCGAGCUUCUACCACAUCUUCUGUCUCUUCCACAAUCAACCACCAGUCACGACAAUGAACAUGACAAGCACCGACCCUCGAAACCCUGCUUCACUCCCUUUGCAUCUCUCACCACCAAAGCAUGGCAACGGACAUGGUCGUAGGGCAGAUCCCUCAGGACUGUCACCCCCUUCGAAGCGCUCUGGAAAACAACCAGCAUUACGGGAGCCAAUCGACUCCAUCCAAUCCGAAAGUUCCUUCAUCACGAACCCAUAUGCAGCAGGAGGACCAGUCGGCACACCAUCACCGGGACCUACAAUCAACGCGCCUCCAGGCCUCAACCCAGUGCCCAUCCCACAGCCCUCCUCCUUCAUACUUCCACCCCUCAACUUCGUUCCCUUAGCCAGUGGCUACUUCACGACCGCCACACAGUAUGCUACCUCGUUUCUUCCUGGUUCGCAUCCACUACGGCUGUCGGUUGCGCUCGAGCACAGCGCAUUCCUGUGGGACUGUCUACAUGAUCAUGACGCGUCCCGGCGCGUCGCCCGACGUGCAAUCAAGGACGUGUACCGCGCACAAGAGGCUAUGGACGACACGGAGUUCGAAGAUGCUGCUGAACUCGUAGGUAUUCUGGGUCGCAUGAUGAAGCGCAAGAGCUGGGAAGGUACCCCACGCGUCGGAGGCAUGGCGAGUCCCGAGCCUGUCCCACAGAACGCUUCGCAAACAGCUGGAAGUACGAUACCACAAUCAAGCAUGCCGGUCACGUCCCCUACACAACGCCCUCAGCCAAGUAGCAGGAGAGCAGCCGAGACAUCGCCGCUCACGGACUCUUCUAUGCAGACACCCCCAGCAAGUGCUGUACGCAGUCGAGCAAACACGGCAAGCAAGUCUGUGCCUCGACAAAAUGAAAGCCAAAGCCACGAGGACACUCCCAAGUCACCACCGCGGCGGCAUACCGAAAACAAUAGUCGCGACACCACACCACGUAAUCGGCACGUCAGUGUCGAAAGCGGUGCGAGCACAACACCUCGGGCACCCCAGGGAGCCGGCGGUCGCUCUCCCGCCACCCCAUCCACGGUCCGAACCGCGCACCGAAUCUCAGGCAGCGGCGGCUCCUCAAAAGGAACACCCGUCGCGGGAAGUGCAUCGACGCCGCUAACUCAAAGCGCAGCCGCCGAUCCCAUGCGAAACUCGCCGACGCUGCGGCGCACACCUCCGACGCAAUUCUCGCCGGGAUACCACGACUCGGCGCGUAUCUCGCCCUCGCAAGAGAGUUCAUAUGCGAGACAGCAGAGGUGA